AUGUUGAAAUUUAUCUUGAUCUUAAUCUGUAUUAAACUUGGAUAUAGUUAUCCAGAAGAUGCACCAAAUAGUACCUGUAUUACAAUGAUGCUUUAUCAUAAUGUUGUACCAAAACAAUGUCAAUCCAAAUAUAUUAUUCAAUCUGAAAUAUCUGAAUAUAAUAUUAAUGAUAUUAUUCGAAUUACUGUUCGUAGUUCAACAAAUAUUGAUUAUUUUAAAAGAAUUCUUUUAAUUGCAAAAAAUCAAAAUAAUCAACAUAUCAUUGGUACUUGGUCCAUAACAAAUUCAUUAAUUAAAACAAUUUCUUGUAAUGGAAUAGAAAAUACUGCUAUAACUCAUUCAUCAGAUGAUGAUAAGUUACAAAUCGAAGCAUUAUGGCAUGCACCAUCAAUCAUAUCUGAAGAAAAAAUCAUCAUUGAAGCAACAAUUGUUACAUCCAAUGAUGAAAUUUAUGUCGAUUGUUUUAAUAUUAUACUAACACCUAAACAAACUAAUUUAUUACGUAUUCAAUCAAUAGCAACAGAUACUGAAAGAAGUAUAUUAACAAAAACAAAAACAAAUAUAACAUGGAAUUAUAUUGAAGACACAGUAACAGUAAGAGUGACAGCAGGACUUAUGAAUGUUGGUGAAUGGGUAGCUAUGGGUUUUUCACUUGAUCGAGAAAUGGGUGAUGAUUAUGUAUUUAUAUGUCAAGUUUCAUCAACCGGUAAUGCGACACUUCGACGAAUGCAUACUAAACGUGGCAAACGACCUCCAUUACCGUCUAGUGUAGAAGUAAAUGUAAUUGAUACAACAUAUGAAGAUGGUUUUGCUAUUUGUCAAUUUUCAUUUAACACAACUUCUCAACAAGUUGAUGAUGAACCAGAACCAAUUGUCAUAGAAAGAAAUUAUUAUCUACUUUUUUCUGGUGGAAUAUUAAGAACAGAUGAACAAAUAGCAAAACAUAAUUUUACAUUUGUUUCAACUCAACCUUAUCAAUUACAAAAGUCUCAAAUAAUUAAUUUUGAUGAACCUUUGAUUACUACUACUACAACAGUUCCACAAACAAAUGAUGUUGGAGUUGAUAUUAAUUGGACAUAUGCUAGUGGUAUAACAAGUGUUAAAAUGAAAAUUAAUAAUUUAAGAACAUCUCAAUGGCUUGCAUUAGGUCUUUCACUUGAUGAUUUUAUGGGACAAGAUCAUGUAUUUAUUUGCCAACAUUUAAGUAAUGAUACAAUAUCUCUUCAACGUUUUAUUAAUCCAGGUGGUCAUUCACGACCAGUUUUAGCUAGUACAAUAGUCAAUCCAGGUGGUAGUCUCAAUGUUACUCGAGAGAAAUUUGAAGAUGGUAUAGCCUAUUGUGAUUUUACUCUAUCAAAUUUUGUUGAUACAUCACGGCAAUCACGUCAAAAUGAUAUUCCUAAACUUUCUCAAACUGCUAAUUAUCGACCACUUAUAGCUUUUGGAAAUUUAGAUAGUUCAAAUAUAUUAAUCAGACAUGCACAGGAUUCACGUAUACCAUUAAAACGAGAUGUUUCUCUUAAUCGACCAGAAACAAUUGUUUAUAAUGUACAAGCAACCGGAUCGGGUUUAAUGAAAGCACAUGGUAUUAUUAUGUCAUUUACUUGGAUAGUUCUUGUUUCAACUGGUAUUCUUAUUGCACGUUAUUUCAAAUCAUUAUGGCCAAAUAAAAAAAUAUGUAAUAAAGCAGUUUGGUUUGCCAUUCAUCGUACAAUAAUGACUUCUGUUGCUACAUUAACAUUAAUUGCAUUUAUUCUUAUUCUUGUCUAUAAAAAAGGACAAUGGGUAUCACAACAUACUCGACUUCAAUUUGUUCAUUCAAUAGUUGGUAUACUUGUCGUAAGUUUUUCUAUAAUUCAACCAUUUAUGGCAUUAUUUCGUUGUCAUCCAGAGGAACAUAAUCGUUUUAUAUUUAAUUAUGCACAUGCAACUGUUGGUUUUAGUGCAUUAACACUUUCCGUAGUAGCUAUAUUUUUAACAAUGUUUUUUACACAGUUUGAGUUUCAAUCGAAGAAACAAUGGGCUAUUUUAGUUGUAUGGACAUGUUGGUUACCGAUUAUAUUUAGUAUAUUUGAAAUAAUUGAAAUUUAUUUUCGAAAAUUUUCAUCAUCAAAAGGAAAUUUAAAUUCAUUUGAUAUGAAUGAUCCUCGUGGAAAUACUACAACACAAACAGUACCAACACCAAUAAUACAAAAUCGUAAAAAAGAUCGAAUUAAACAAUUUGCUAUUUUAAUUCAUAUUUUAAUCGCUAUUGCAUUAGCAUUAACAUUAGCCAUUCUUAUUGGACAAUCGUAA